CGCUCCGGGGCGGGCGGCGGCGGCGGCGGCGGGACCCGCGGAGCCGCUUUGUGUGCAGCCCGACGAGGGGCGGCGGCGCAACCACCUGACAGAGGCCCGGGCGCUCGAUGCACCUUCCGCCCGCAUGAGGAGGAGGAGAGGCCGGUAGAGGACUGUGAAAGAAAAGUUGUCCCCCAGGAUGGACUUCACCGCGCAGCCCAAGCCUGCCACUGCCCUCUGUGGCGUCGUGAGUGCGGACGGGAAGAUCGCUUACCCUCCGGGGGUAAAGGAGAUCACCGACAAGAUCACCACUGACGAAAUGAUCAAACGACUGAAGAUGGUAGUAAAAACUUUUAUGGAUAUGGACCAGGACUCAGAAGAUGAAAAACAGCAGUAUCUCCCACUCGCCUUGCAUCUUGCGUCUGAAUUUUUCCUCAGGAAUCCCAAUAAAGAUGUGCGUCUCCUUGUAGCAUGUUGUUUGGCUGACAUCUUUCGAAUCUAUGCCCCAGAAGCUCCAUAUACUUCCCAUGAUAAACUUAAGGACAUAUUUUUGUUUAUUACCAGACAAUUAAAAGGUUUGGAGGAUACAAAGAGUCCGCAGUUUAAUAGAUACUUUUAUUUAUUAGAGAAUUUAGCUUGGGUUAAAUCAUAUAACAUCUGCUUUGAAUUGGAAGAUUGCAAUGAAAUUUUUAUUCAGCUUUUUAGGACUCUCUUCUCAGUGAUCAACAAUAGCCACAAUAAGAAGGUACAAAUGCACAUGCUAGACUUGAUGAGUUCUAUCAUCAUGGAAGGUGAUGGAGUUACUCAAGAAUUAUUGGACUCCAUUCUUAUUAACCUCAUUCCUGCACAUAAGAACUUAAACAAACAGUCCUUUGACCUCGCUAAAGUGCUGUUGAAAAGGACAGUCCAGACUAUUGAGGCAUGCAUUGCUAAUUUUUUCAAUCAAGUCCUGGUGCUGGGAAGAUCAUCAGUAAGUGAUUUAUCAGAACAUGUAUUUGAUCUGAUUCAGGAACUUUUUGCUAUAGAUCCUCAUUUGUUAUUAUCUGUCAUGCCACAGCUUGAAUUCAAACUGAAGAGCAAUGAUGGAGAAGAGCGACUAGCUGUUGUUCGACUUUUAGCUAAAUUGUUUGGUUCUAAAGAUUCCGAUUUGGCAACACAGAAUCGUCCUCUUUGGCAGUGUUUUCUCGGACGAUUUAAUGACAUUCACGUUCCUGUGAGAUUAGAAAGUGUGAAAUUUGCCAGUCACUGUUUAAUGAACCACCCAGAUUUAGCAAAGGACCUCACAGAAUAUUUGAAAGUUAGAUCACAUGAUCCAGAAGAAGCCAUUCGUCAUGAUGUCAUUGUUACUAUAAUAACAGCUGCCAAAAGAGACCUUGCCUUAGUAAAUGAUCAGCUGCUUGGCUUUGUAAGGGAAAGAACACUGGAUAAACGGUGGCGAGUAAGAAAAGAAGCUAUGAUGGGUCUGGCUCAGCUUUAUAAGAAAUACUGUCUUCAUGGUGAAGCAGGAAAGGAAGCUGCAGAGAAAGUCAGUUGGAUAAAGGACAAACUUUUGCAUAUUUAUUAUCAGAAUAGCAUCGAUGACAAACUGUUGGUAGAGAAAAUCUUUGCUCAGUAUCUUGUUCCCCACAACCUGGAAACAGAAGAGAGAAUGAAAUGCUUAUAUUAUUUAUAUGCUAGUUUGGAUCCAAAUGCUGUCAAAGCUCUCAAUGAAAUGUGGAAGUGUCAGAACAUGCUUAGAAGUCAUGUACGAGAAUUACUGGAUUUGCAUAAGCAGCCUACAUCAGAGGCUAACUGUUCUGCUAUGUUUGGAAAACUGAUGACCAUAGCAAAGAAUUUGCCUGACCCUGGGAAAGCACAAGAUUUUGUGAAGAAAUUUAACCAGGUUCUCGGUGAUGAUGAGAAACUACGGUCUCAGUUGGAGUUAUUAAUCAGCCCAACCUGUUCAUGCAAACAGGCAGAUGUUUGUGUGAGAGAAAUAGCUCGGAAACUUGCAAAUCCUAAGCAACCAACAAAUCCUUUUCUAGAGAUGGUCAAAUUUCUGUUGGAAAGAAUUGCACCUGUGCACAUUGAUUCGGAAGCCAUAAGUGCACUGGUAAAAUUGAUGAAUAAAUCAAUAGAGGGGACAGCAGAUGAUGAAGAGGAGGGUGUAAGUCCAGAUACAGCGAUUCGUUCAGGACUUGAACUUCUUAAGGUUCUGUCUUUCACACAUCCUACCUCGUUCCACUCUGCAGAGACGUAUGAGUCCCUGUUACAGUGCCUCAGAAUGGAAGAUGACAAGGUAGCAGAAGCUGCUAUACAAAUUUUUAGAAAUACAGGCCACAAAAUUGAAACAGACCUGCCCCAGAUACGAUCGACCUUAAUUCCCAUUUUACAUCAGAAAGCAAAGAGAGGUACUCCACACCAAGCAAAACAGGCUGUUCACUGUAUACAUGCCAUAUUCACAAAUAAAGAAGUCCAGCUUGCACAGAUUUUUGAGCCACUCAGUAGGAGUCUGAAUGCUGAUGUACCAGAACAACUUAUAACUCCAUUAGUUUCAUUGGGCCACAUAUCUAUGUUAGCACCAGAUCAGUUUGCUUCUCCAAUGAAAUCUGUAGUAGCAAAUUUUAUUGUGAAAGAUCUCCUAAUGAAUGACAGGUCAACAGGUGAGAAGAAUGGAAAAUUAUGGUCUCCAGAUGAAGAAGUUUCUCCUGAAGUAUUAGCAAAGGUACAGGCAAUUAAACUUCUGGUAAGGUGGCUGUUGGGUAUGAAAAACAACCAGUCUAAAUCUGCCAAUUCAACUCUUCGGUUAUUAUCAGCGAUGUUGGUUAGUGAGGGUGACCUGACAGAGCAAAAGAGGAUCAGUAAAUCUGAUAUGUCUCGCUUGCGAUUAGCUGCUGGUAGUGCCAUAAUGAAGCUUGCUCAGGAACCUUGUUACCAUGAAAUUAUAACCCCAGAACAGUUUCAGCUCUGUGCACUUGUUAUUAAUGAUGAGUGCUACCAAGUAAGGCAGAUAUUUGCUCAGAAGCUGCAUAAGGCGCUUGUAAAGUUGCUGCUCCCGUUGGAGUAUAUGGCAAUCUUUGCCUUGUGUGCCAAAGAUCCUGUGAAGGAAAGAAGAGCACAUGCACGGCAGUGUUUACUAAAAAAUAUCAGUAUACGCAGGGAGUACAUUAAACAGAACCCCAUGGCUACUGAGAAAUUAUUAUCACUGUUGCCUGAAUAUGUAGUUCCAUAUAUGAUUCACCUAUUAGCCCAUGAUCCAGAUUUUACAAGAUCACAAGAUGUUGAUCAACUUCGUGAUAUUAAAGAGUGCCUAUGGUUCAUGCUUGAAGUUUUAAUGACAAAGAAUGAAAACAAUAGCCAUGCCUUUAUGAAGAAGAUGGCAGAAAACAUCAAGUUAACAAAAGAUGCCCAGUCUCCAGAUGAAUCCAAGACAAAUGAAAAACUUUAUACAGUGUGUGAUGUGGCUCUGUGUGUUAUAAACAGUAAAAGUGCUUUGUGCAAUGCAGAUUCACCAAAGGAUCCAGUCCUUCCAAUGAAAUUUUUUACACAACCUGAAAAGGACUUCUGUAAUGACAAGAGUUAUAUUUCAGAAGAGACAAGAGUACUUCUGUUAACAGGAAAGCCAAAACCUGCUGGAGUACUUGGUGCAGUAAACAAGCCUUUAUCGGCAACGGGAAGGAAACCAUAUGUUAGAAGCACUGGAACUGAGACUGGAAGCAAUAUUAAUGUCAAUUCAGAGCUGAACCCUUCAACUGGAAGUCGAUCAAGCAGAGAACAGAGUUCAGAGGCAGCAGAAACUGGAGUUAGUGAAAAUGAAGAGAACCCUGUGAGAAUUAUUUCUGUCACGCCUGUAAAGAAUAUUGACCCGGUAAAGAAUAAGGAGAUUAAUUCUGAUCAGGCUACCCAGGGCAACAUCAGCAGUGACCGAGGAAAGAAAAGAACAGUAACAGCAGCUGGUACAGAGAAUAUCCAACAAAAAACAGAUGAGAAAGUGGAUGAAUCAGGACCACCUGCCCCUUCAAAACCCAGGAGAGGACGUCGACCCAAGUCUGAAUCUCAGGGCAAUGCAACCAAAAAUGAUGAUAUAAAUAAACCUCUUAGCAAGGGAAGAAAGAGAGCCGCGGUCAGUCAGGAAAGCCCUGGGGGUUUGGAAGCAGGUAAUGCCAAAGCACCCAAACUGCAAGACAUAGCCAAAAAGGCAGCACCAGCAGAGAGACAGAUUGACCUACAAAGAAGCCAAGUGCUCGGAAGUGAUGGCGAUUCACUUUGGGACAUAGAGUCAAGUCCAGGAAAUUCUCCCAGUGAUCUGGAUCGCUUAACAGUCUGGGAGAGCAGCCAGGAAGAGACUGAGGACUCAGAGCUAGUAAAGGGGAGCGUCCUGAAGGUAAAAAGAAAACUCGUUUGCAAAGGGAGAAAAUGAAGGCCAAACAGAAGCAGGCUCCAGCUUCUGUAAAACUUGGAUUCAAAAUGUCCCUGAAGAGAAAUGAAGUUAACUUCAGAACACACACUUUCUGCCUUGAAAACUGAAAGAAACCAUUACUUUCUUUUCACAUGACCACAAGUCUUUGAUGGAAAUGUACAGCAGAAACUCUUGAGAGGGGCUAAAAGCAACUCUAUUCUACCCUUCCCCCCAGACUUUUCUUAUGAAAAGUCAAUAAUUAAGCAAAUUGCUUAACACUUGGUUCCAGUUCCUGCAUAUCUGGAGUUUAAAGGCAUAAUACACCAUUAAUUUCCAUGCUGCAGUUUUUAUUUUAAAGAAAGUAACAGGAUGUCCUUACACUGACACUGAAAAUUCAUCAAUUUUAGAGCCAGGAAUUCCCGUUGUUACACAAGAAAAAAAUAGAAGUCUACUGAAUUAAUUUUUUAGAAGAAAAAAGAUCAGAUUAAAUAUUUCUUUGUUUUUCCUUUUGGAAACUUUUAUGUAUAAUUCUUUCUGCCUGCCUACUUUUCUGCAAAAAUGAGAUGUACAGAUUUCAGUUCCCUGCUAUGAAAAGUGAUGUGGUGGCAAUUUUAUAAAUGUUGCUUUCUGAUUUUUAUCAGAGUGAGAAAAUAAUUAAAAUUAUUAUUGAUUUCAUAUCACUUCAUAUUUUGAUUUCCCCUCCAUUUUAGUUUAAUAUAAUUUGCAAUAAAUGUACAUAUUGUUGUUUGUUUCAUAAAGCAUAUCACUUUAAAGUGGUUUUUACUCCUGUGAUUAUGUUGGGAUAUUUGGAAUUUUAAAGGAGUAAAGACUGUCCAGCAUUUGGUUUUAUAAUGUUUGUCACCAGAUUUUUAUUAUUGAUGUAAAAAAACAAAGGCAAUUUUUUAAAAUAGUUGGACUUUGGCAGCUUUGUAAGGAAAGUUGGAAGUGUUUAGGAUUGCUAUCAAUUUCAGCAUUGUGCUAUUGGGAAAUAAGUGUUUUGCUUUUGUCUGCCGAUCUGGGCUCAGUUUUUAUGUUUAUUUUAGAAGACAACUGUUGCAUCAAUAUAUUGCUUCUUGGCAUUGUUCAGCAUAGGUAAUGUGUGCACUUUUGUGUACACAUGCUCAUAUUUAAGUUUUUGCAUAAAAUAAAUGCUUCUAGAUGUCA